CCGUGCCGGACAUCUUGCGUGCUUCAUACUCGCGAUCCUCAUAGAAAAUCUCUAGACCUUUGAAGCCCGCUUCGGCGGCUUGGUCGAUUUUGUAGGAUAGGUCGUGCAGCCGGGCGCCUCGGGAUGCAACAUGUCAUCUCAUGUUUCGGGCCGUCAUCGCCUAUUCGUCCGUUACCGAUCCAGACCACAAUCACGGCCGACCCAACUCUAUGCAAAUACUUCAUUCCGUCAAACGCCGGAUCCUGCCGCAAUCGGACAAACUGGAGUUAGGCCACAUCCAGGCGCUCCUUAUUCUUGUUUUACUACAUCUUCAGGUCGGGGAUAUCAAACUCGCCUGGGUCCUGGUUGGUCAGGCCACAAGGUUAGUGACGAUGCUGUCGACGGUGUCGAAGUCCCGAUUCCUCCAUACCGUUCACGCAUGUAUCCUACUCGACAGUAUAACCUCAGCCCUUCUGAACAGAUCGCCCUGUUUGCCCUGUUUGUCUCUCGAAGAGCAGCUGGUGUAUGGACCCGUGCAGGAAGACGAUGUAGAGGAGUGGGAUCAUUGGACUGCACGGAAUGGGUUCACGUCAAAAGGACCAUUACGAGCGUUGAGCACGUUUAACGCUGAGAGACAGCUUAUGCAGCUCCUAACUCGGGUAUUGUACUGUCCAGUUGACCUGGCUCAAUUGCACGCCCUCCUGCUCGAGAUACAGGAACAACAGGCGAUUCUUCUAGCACAGUAUUCAGAUCCCAGUUCCGACUCUGCUACACCGCCUCUUCUGACGUUGCAUCUAACAGCCGGCUUUGUGAUUCUCGCACUUGUCCGCCACUGUGGGUCACCUAGUGCCGAUAUGAUCGAUCUGACUGCAUUCGCACAUAAUCUACGCUUUUGCGCCGGAGACCUAGAAAAGACUUCCUAA